CAAGCUUUGGCUCAUCCCGCCCCGAACACCGCUUGGCUCGCGGUUUGCCGCGCCAUGGUGGUCCCACCCUUGAGCCAAGCAGUUUUGUCGCUGACAUGUGCCUUCAUGGCCCUCUCCUUCGUGAGCCUGUUCAUGAUGAGCUUCGCCAAGAAAAGCACUCCGGUCACCACGAACUUUCACAAGAUCGCGCUUCUGGUCACUGGGAUCGCGGGCGUGGCAUAUCUCUGCAUGGCCUUGGGGAUCGGCAUCAAAGAGGAGGCAGAUGGCUCUCGGGUUUACUGGAUUCGCUAUGUGGAUUGGACCCUCACCACGCCCUUGAUGCUCAUCGAGCUGGGCAUUCUGGCGAACGCCCACCGUGCACAGACCUGGACCUUGAUUGCCAUUGACGAGUUCAUGUUGGCCUUUGGGAUUAUGUCCUCCCUUUCUGUCCAAGGAAAAUGGCCCCUCUUUAUGGCCGGGCUGCUGUGCUUCUCGGUGGUGGGCACCAAGCUUUUUACCUCCCUUCAGAAGCAGGCCAAUGCGCUAGGAGGUGAAGCACAGAUUCUAUUCAACUUCGUGGCCAAUCGAACCGCGGAGAUCUGGUGCAUGUACCCCGUGAUGUUCGCGUUGUGCGAAUGCACCAAGACCUUUCCGGAAGAGAUCGAGAUCGCGGGCUAUGCCAUCGCCGAUGUCUUCGCCAAGUGUGGGAUCCCCAUGAUGGUUCCUCAGUCGCAAGGACCAAAGAUGAGAGUUCGGGGUAAAAAGGUGUGAAGUGCACCUUGACAGUGAUAUGUGUCAAUGGCCCGAGUUCAUCAACAUAUAUAAACCCUGGAACCAAAGCGGACGACGCGUGAAACUUCUCAUUUUUUUGUGGAUGACGGUGCUUUCGGUGGACAGGCUAGUUCCUUCGCCAUUCAUGAUUCAUGCUGAAGGAACCUGGGAGGUCCUUGCACCUUCUGUCGAGUCCUGGGCAUCCCGUGCCACCUGGGCAUGCGUUCAGCGGAGAUGUUGCAAUCCUCAACUCAGAUCUGUUGAGACGCUUCGACUGUUGUAGUUCUUUACAGUCAUUCUUGUUCAGUAAGGAGCUGGAAGGACACUCCAAACUCCCAAACUUUGCGAAUGGUCCUCCUUCUAGGCUCCGCUGAACACCCCCUUCCGCUCAAAACCUCCAGAAGGCUGGCCAGGCUCAAAAGCUCCGGAAGGUACCUGCUCAGACCAGCCCUUCAUCGUAGUAUUCUUCUCAGGCCAGGUGUCCCCCCAAAAGCUUAAAUAGCAGGCAGUCGAUCGAGUUUGUUCAGGCGAGGCAUGGAUCAUGCCGGACUCGGGUCAGCGAGAUCUAAAAUGAAAGCCUUCAAACCCUAGGUGCGGAGGAUCAACAAGCAGAAAACUCACCAUGUCCUGGAGAAGCUGGAAACAUGUGCUGUACAUGCAUUACUGAAUAUGUUGGUGUUUUUGCAGGGCGAGCUGACAAGUACCUUGUUAGAGGUACAGUAGAUGAUGGGGAAGAAUCAAGCAAUCCUGCAUCAUCCAAACUUAUCCACAAGAUUAAAAUUCCACAUCAACAACACACCAUGUUGGGUGUGUCACACCAUGUCACACCCCUUUUUGUAUCUCAGACAUGGCAGCGCCACUCUCAGACAUGGGCUCCAAAGCGCUACCCGCGCGCGUGAGGCGUGGGUCUCCAGCAUGUCCAGCGCGAAGCUCUCCUUAGUCUCUGAGCAGGCCGAGGCUUUGCCUGACACGCCUGAAGGGCCUGAGACUGCUUGAAAGGGAUGCCGUUUUCGACAGGAAGGGCUGGAGAGUCGACAGGAGUGGGAGAAGUAGCCUAUGCACUCUUGGGAAGGAGCCCUCUUGCAU